AUGGAUUUUUCUGGUAAUGAUAGAAGAGAAGUCUUUGGGGAUGCUCAAGUUAGCACUCUCCAGGUGUUCAAUCAGAUUUAUGUUGCCUCUGCAGACCAAGAAUUGGGAAGCCAAAGGGAUGAUAGUAAUAAUAACAUCGACUUGCUGAAGUCUUCCUAUGCCAAGGUGGUACUGAAGAAAUUAGACAUGAUUUCUACCUCCAAAAAACCUGUGAGAGGACACGUUCAUAAUUGUAUAACAGGUGUUUUCCAGACCAGUGACUUGAGAGAUAGUCCGAUAGCGGGCAGGAAUCUGAUGGUAGAACUUUCCAUUUCAGUGACCCUUGGUUCAGCUGAUAAAGGAAUAUUCAUUAUCCAGAGUGAAAGCCUCAAGAAAUGCAUUCAAGCAGGCAAAUCUGUACUGACCCUGGAGAACUGCAAACCACCGAACAAGCACAUGCUGUGGAAAUGGGUUUCAAACCACCGCCUCUUUAACAUAGGAGGCAGUGGCUGCCUAGGCCUGAAUUUAUCUAAUCCAGAGCAGCCAUUGAGCGUAUACGAGUGUGAUUCCACUCACAUUUCCUUGAGAUGGCUCUGUAACAGGAACAUGCUCACCGGCCCUCUCAAGUACACGGUCCAGGUGAACCACAACAACAUGCUUGUGGCCUCAUGGAAAUAUCUUCACAAGUGGAUUUCCUAUAUGUCAGAUGGUGGAAGCAUUUGUGAAUAUCUGCACAAAGAUUUGUACACAAUCAAAGGGAACGCCCACGGGACACCAUGCAUGUUUCCCUUCCAGUAUAACCGACAGUGGCAUCAUGAAUGCAUCCGGGAAGGCCACUUACUUUGGUGCGCCACGACCAGCCGAUAUGAACGAGAUGAGAAGUGGGGAUUUUGCCCAGAUCCCACGUCCGCAGAGGUGGGUUGUGAUGCCAUCUGGGAGAAGGAUCUCAAUUCACACAUUUGCUACCAAUUCAACCUGCUUUCCUCUCUUUCCUGGAAUGAGGCACAUUAUUCAUGCCAGAUGCAAGGAGGAGCUUUACUAAGUAUUGCAGAUGAGAACGAAGAAAAUUUCAUAAAGAAGCACUUGGGCAGUGAAGCAGUGGAAAUGUGGACAGGUCUGAAUCAGCUGGAUGAAAACGCUGGCUGGCAGUGGUCUGAUAGAACACCGCUCAACUAUCUGAACUGGAACCCAGAAAUAGAUUUUGAGCCAUUUGUUGAAUAUCAGUGUGGAACAUUUAAUUCAUUUAUGCCAAAUGCCUGGAGGAGUCGGGAUUGUGAAUCCGCCUUGCCUUAUAUAUGUAAAAAAUAUCUAAACCACACUGAUCAAGAAGAGAUUGAAAAAGGUGCUUGGAAAUAUUAUGCUACCCACUGUGAGCCUGGCUGGAAUCCCCACAGUCGUAACUGCUAUAAACUUCAGAAAGAAAAAAAGACCUGGAAGGAAGCUUUGCAUUCUUGCCAGUCUGAUAACAGUACAUUGAUAAACAUUGCUUCAUUAGCAGAUGUGGAGUUUCUUGUAACCCUCCUUGGAGAUGAAAAUGCAUCAGAAACAUGGAUUGGUUUGAGCAGCAAUAAAAUUCCAGUUUCCUUUGAAUGGUCUAAUGGCUCCUCAGUCACCUUUACUAAUUGGCACACACUUGAGCCCCAAAUUUUUCCAAAUAGAAGCCAGCAAUGUGUCUCAGCAGAGCAAUCUGAGGGACACUGGAAAGUUAAAAAUUGUGAAGAAACACUUUUUUACAUUUGUAAGAAAGCAGGCCAUGUCCCUUCUGACACUGAAUCAGGCUGUCGAGAGGGAUGGGAGAGACAUGGUGGAUUCUGUUACAAAAUUGACACUGUUCUUCGAAGUUUUGACCAUGCCUCCAGUGGUUAUUACUGUCCUCCUGCACUUGUAACCAUUACAAAUAGGUUUGAACAGGCUUUUAUUACCAGUUUGAUCAGUAGUGUGGUAAAAACGAAGGACAGUUAUUUCUGGAUAGCGCUACAAGAUCAAAAUGAUACAGGAGAAUACACUUGGAAGACGGCGGGGGGGCAGAAGUCCGAGCCAGUGCAGUACACACACUGGAAUGCACAUCAGCCUCGCUACAAUGGUGGCUGUGUUGUCAUGCGAGGAAGGAGUCCACCUGGUCGCUGGGAAGUGAAGGACUGCAGACACUUUAAGGCAAUGUCCCUGUGUAAGCAACCAGUGGGAAAACAGGAGAAAACGGAGCAGGAAGAGAGAUGGCCCUUUCACCCCUGCUACUUGGACUGGGAAUCAGAGCCUGGCUUGGCCAGCUGCUUCAAGGUAUUUCAUAGUGAAAAAGUUCUGAUGAAAAGAACAUGGAGAGAAGCAGAAGCAUUUUGUGAAGAAUUUGGAGCUCAUCUUGCAAGCUUUGCCCAUAUUGAGGAAGAGAAUUUUGUGAAUGAGCUUUUACAUUCAAAAUUUAAUAGGACAGAAGAAAGGCAGUUCUGGAUUGGAUUUAAUAAAAGAAAUCCACUGAAUGCUGGCUCUUGGGAGUGGUCUGAUGGGACUCCUGUUGUCUCUUCAUUUUUAGACAAUACUUAUUUUGGAGAAGAUGCAAGAAAUUGUGCUGUUUAUAAGGCAAAUAAGACAUUGCUGUCCUUGCACUGCAGUUCCAAACGUGAAUGGAUAUGCAAAAUUCCAAGAGAUGUGAGACCCAAGAUUCCACCCUGGUACCAGUAUGAUGCUCCCUGGCUCUUUUAUCAGGAUGCGGAGUACCUUUUUCAUACCUAUGCUGCAGAAUGGCCCUCCUUUGAGUUUGUCUGUGGCUGGCUGCGUGGUGAUCUUCUCACAAUUCAUUCUGCACAUGAGCAAGAAUUUAUCCACAGCAAAAUAAGAGCGCUAUCAAAGUAUGGUGUAAAUUGGUGGAUUGGACUUCGAGACGAAAGAGCCAAUGAUGAAUUUCGCUGGAGAGAUGGAGCACCAGUAAUAUAUCAGAACUGGGACAAAGGAAGAGAAAGAUCUAUGAAUAAUCAGAGCCAGAGAUGUGGUUUCAUUUCAUCCAUAACAGGACUCUGGGCUAGUGAAGAGUGUUCAGUUUCUAUGCCUAGCAUCUGUAAGCGAAAGAAGAUUUGGGUCAUAGAGAAAGAGAAAGAUACCCCAAAACAACAUGGAACAUGUCCUAGAGGAUGGCUAUAUUUUAACUAUAAGUUCCCUCCACAGAAUGGUCUUAAUUUUGACUGGUCAGAUGGAACCAAAUCUUCCUUCACUUUUUGGAAAGAUGAUGAGUCAUCCAUCUUGGGUGACUGUGUUUUUGCUGACACCAGUGGGCGCUGGAGUAGCACAGCCUGCGAGUCAUUUCUUCAAGGAGCAAUUUGUCAUGUACCUACUGAAACAAAACCAUAUGGACAUCCAGAGUUGUGCUCAGAAACUUCUAUUCCCUGGAUAAAAUUCAAAAGUAAUUGCUACAGUUUUUCUACAGUCCUAGACAGUAUGAGUUUUGAGGCUGCUCAUGAAUUUUGCAAAAAGGAAGGAUCUAAUCUUUUAACAAUCAAGGAUGAGGAUGAAAAUUCAUUUCUCCUAGAAGAGCUUUUUGCUUUUGGUUCUUCUGUCCAGAUGGUUUGGUUGAAUGCUCAGUUUGAUGGUGACAAUGAAACCACAAAGUGGUUUGAUGGAACUCCCACAGACCAGUCAAACUGGGGCAUUCGGAAGCCAGAGAUGGAUCAUGUCAAACCCCAUCUAUGUAUUGCCCUGAGGAUCCCCGAAGGAGUAUGGCAGUUAUCCCCAUGUCAAGAAAAAAAAGGAUUUAUAUGCAAAAUGGGAGCAGAUAUUCACCCAGUAAAGGAGCACUCAGGAAAAGGACCAAGUCACAGUAUUGUACCUCUUGCAGUAGCAUUGACACUGACAGUAAUUCUGGCACUUUUCACACUUUCCUUCUGCAUAUACAAGCACAACAGAGGUAUCUUCAGGAGACUUGCACAGUUUAGGAAUCCUUACUACCCUACAGCCAACUUCAGUACAGUACAUUUGGAAGAAAAUAUUCUCAUUUGUGACCUUGAGAAGAAUGACCAGCAACAAUGAAUUCAGAGAACGCUACAGCCCUAACGAUAAGUAAAGACUUAAGAGGAGUCUCCCUUGCAUUUUCCUUUACAUACCAGAUGCCACUAUAAUGUGAAUUGUGUCACUAUUUUAAUUAUUCUUAAACUGAUUACUGGUUUUGAACUGUAACCAAAUCAGAUGGGUAUUGAUUUAUUCAUUUCCCCAAACUGUGAUCUAUUCUUAAAAUGGGGAAAUUAUACAAUGGUUACUAGUCAGAAAACAAGAACUAUUAAAAAUAACUCCCUAUUGAAGACUCUCGAACCAAUGUGAAUAACAGGUUUUGUAUUAAUAUGUUUCUACUGAAAUUUAAAAAGAAUUUUCAAACUAAUCUGAUAUCUAUUCAGACAUUUACUCACACUCAUUCCAUUAAAAAAGAGAGGAAGCAAAACAAAUUUUAAAACUCUAUGCUUGUAUACAAGAUGAAAAGUUAAAGGUUUCUGAGAGGUUUCUUGUUUGUUUUCUAAUUCAAUCAUUUUAACAUCGGGGUUUAGAAAACAAAUUUCUAAGCUUAAAACUCACACAUUCUGGGCUCUAAACUAAUAUUUAGGGUGAUAUUUGUUUUUAUUAGUUCUGACUUCUCAAACUAAAGAAGAAAAAUUACCUGUCUUUAAAUAGGGAAGAUCUUGGUUAGCAGCACACUUGCAUAAGCAACUACAUAAUGUGGCCUAAAACCUUCAUUUACUAAAUGAUGACUGUUUGUUAUUUUAAAAUAUAGAUAAGCUUAAAGGAAUUUAUUGAAGUUUUGCUAUUGUUAAAACUCAUGGCCUUUAUUAAAACUAAAGGUAUAAAGUAAUAUAUAACUCUCCUAACAACUAAAAAAUACAACAUAUAAUUUAAAUGUAAAGGGGGAAAAAUGAAGAUAUGAAUUACAGUACCAUUAGAACCACACUAGAAGAUAUAUUGAGAAGUACUAAAUAAAUGACUCUCCAAUUAUAAUCUAGAUACCUUUGCUAUAUAAACAGGUUUAUGUGGGGUAUUCUAUUUAGUAAACUAUGGUUCUUAAGAACCAUCUCUGUUUGUGUUGGACUAGUUAAUGCUGUUGGUAAAUAAUGAUUAAUAGCAUGAUACUGUCCACAAAUUGAAUAUCACAGAUUUGACUUUCCUUCACAAAUUUCUCAUUAUGGAAAAGUGACUUCAGAAUCAACAUUUUAAAGUUUACGCAUUCCAUAACUAUUCCCUGCAUUCCUAUGAAAAACCACGUGCCAUUCUAGAAACUGGAUGGAUUGGGGUGAGCAAAUUAAUGAGAACUUGUUUUUAUGUCACUUAUUUUCCAAUGAGAGAAAAGUGAGAGAAAUCCAGUAAAGAAAUUCAUAAGUAGAAAAUACCAGGUGGUUAUGAAAAUUAAGUAAGGUCUUGUGAUAGAGAAGAACUGGGGGAAUCUCAAGGCCUCCCCAGAGUGUGCGUUUUAAUUAUUACAUCCUGCUGCCCUGAAAACUAGUGGCCACUAGUCACAAGGUGGAACUCUGGGAGAAAGGAUGAGUGAAUCUCUAAGUGAAAAGCCAUCAUACUUAGAAAUAGAAUUUGAUGAAUAUACCCUAAGAGUGGAGUCCUCGUGGCCUGAAACAGUUAAUACAGCUUCCAAAAGUGGCUCUUUGCUACUGGUGUGUAGCUUACACACUAGGAAGAUCUACUUCCAUAAUUUUUUUUUAAGUUUUGAGACUUCAUUUUUUAAAAGAUAUUCUAUUAUGUAGCAGUUGUCUAUUUAGAAGUCACAAGAAUAAUUGCCUUGAACUAACCAGGUGGUAUAAAAGCCUGAUUUAACAAUCUGUCAAGUGAAAUUAAAGUUCUAUUCUUUUCAGUGGGCUUGGUAAAAACUGCUAAUCAAUUAUCCUUCUAGUCAAGGUAUAUUGAAGUGGAAUAGUCACACAUAGCAAUUUGACAAAGUAUGUCAUUAAUAAAGUGGUUUUGCAGAAAGAAAUUGCUCUGUUUGUCAAUGCUCUGUACUUUGCUAUUUAGUAUUGAGCUACAUUUCUGGAGAAUCUGUCCCCAUGGACAAGAUCAUGCACUCUUUCCCAUUACUGAAAUUUCAGAAAUAGAAAGUACUGAAAUAUUAUGUUUUAUUUAUAGAUGUGCACUUUAAAAAACUUUUUGCACAUCUAUUUUUAAUCUGAACUAGAUUUCAUAGCUAUAGCAUGAAAAACAAAAAAGCAUCAGGGUCACAAACUCAUUCACACAUAAUUGAUGUGCCCCUCUCCAAAAAUAUAUAUAUAUAUCAAUUAUUAUCCAUGACUCUGGAUAAUGGAAAAUCUUGGAUUUUACAAUUAAAUAUAUCUUGGGCUCUUCCAAUUCCAACAGUCCUCUUUUAGUUUAAAUGCUUCUUCAAUUGAAAGUCCCCUUCCUAUCAAGGGUGGAUUAGGUGAUCUCUUUAGAUAAACAGUCUUUAGGAGUUUCCUUUUCCUCCUCAGAAUGGUAUUGGAUAUAUGAAAACUUGUGUUGUUGUAGUACUGGGGGGAGAAGGUGAUAAGUGACUAUAAAUAUGUGUUAUCUGUGUCCACUGAGGGUGGUUGUCUGGCCCCACUCCUGGGAACUUAGCUGGCAUCAGAUAUGAAGCCUGUAGUUGGUGCAACCUGUAGUCUAUUCUCUUUGAUUUGGCUCCAUUCUGGCUCUCCCUGGCACUGCCUUAUCCUCAGUAUAUUGGCUGUGACUCCCAUCCAAUUCUCUACCUGAACACUGCAGUUAUACAAGGCCACUUCAUCUCUGCAGUAGUGAGACCUAUCUAGCACAUCAGUUACUCUAUUAGGGGAGGCUAAGUGCUGUAGCAAACAAUCCCAAAAUCGCAGUGGCUGAACACAGCAAAGGUUUAUUUCUCAUCGACAGUGGUUUUGCAGGACUUUGCAUUCAUGGGUCCAGGCAUCUCCUAUAUAGGAGAGUCUCCAGUUUAGAGGGCCUUGGAGUCCUCCAAUGGGUCUCCUACCUCUACCUGACAGAAGCUAACUUAGGACCUAUCGUUGAUUAAGUAUGUAGCUUUCAUGGACUAUUGAAAUACAUUCUUGAAGUUAACAGUCUUCAUACUAAGGACACAUACCCUGAAGGUACAUAAAGAAUUCCAAGGAACAGAGGGGCAUGGAUAUUUUUAAGGAGCUCAGUUUCCAGAAUCUUUAACCUUCAUAUAUAUUCUUUCUUAGAAUUAACUUGCAUGAGAACACAUGUGAGAGCAUAGUGUCAUGCUGGUUCUUCUUUUCCACCUCUCUUGUACAAAUGCCUAUCUCUACCUCAAAACAAAACAAAACAAAACAAAACAAAACAAACAAACAAACCAUGGCUUUCACCCCAAAUCUUGUUAUGAUGCUUUAUCUUGGGAAAAUCCUUCAUGGCACCAAACAAAGAGAAAAAAUUCAAAGUCGUGAUGUUAGUGAAGCUUCUUUUAAUAAAGGAAUUCUAAAACCAG